CAGACACCCAUAAGUCCUCUAAAGAGUACGUUAUUUAUUGGUUUACUUGUCUAUUCUUUUUUUAUACUAAUAAAGAUCAAAUACCUAUCCCAAGGCCACGUCUGUCCCAAGCUGGAAAAGCCAUAGCUCAGAUUAUGCUCCUUGAAGCCUGGUUUCUGGAAAGGGGUCGAAAUCUCCAAGGCAUGCCAAAGCCUGCCAAUCGCCGGUUGGGUCAAAAGCUGAUGAGCGAUUUUGAUUGAGUUUUGAGACAAGCAAGCUAGUUGAAAGACUCUCAUUCCGUCAUGAUGCUCUUCUCUUCAGCAGAAGAAGGAGAGAAGGGGCUCUUCAGUGGCUUAUUUCCUUCACGGUGAUUGAAAGACGGACGUGGGGGCUAUCACUUUCUUUUCAACGCUUCAACCUGCUUCAUCUAUCGUUAGGGCUCGGUGAGAAUCUUACCUACCUUCCUUUUCCCCUGUUGUCUUGUCUAGCUUUAAAAUAGAACUUCUCUAGCGCCUCAAAGAAAAAGGGCUCCGUAACUCCUUUCACACUAAGCUAAUUCAAGUGCACUAAGCAAAAUGAACCCUAAAGCUUCAGCUGCUAUCCGUGACAAGGUGGUAUCAGAGCCUUGCUUCGAGGAAGCCUGGUUCGAGCUUGGUUCGUGGGAGCGAGACUACUUGUGGGCAAGCAUGUCUGGCAUGACUGAGGAAGUUGCUAUCAACAUGUAGGGAAGGGGAAUCCCAACCUCCUCAGCAGGGAAGCAAGAAGGGACGAGGUCAUAGUAAGUGCUGAGGACCUUGCUUGCUAGUCUAUCUGUGAAAGUAAGUUUCUGCAUUGGAGGCUGAACAUCUACGAGCCAGCCGUCUUCAAGACAUUACGUGAGAAGGAGAAAUGCUGGUAGUACCUCUUCACAAGAGGAUCAGACCAGAUCCAAAAUAGCGUAUGAAAUGAUUAUGGUCUAUCUAGUACAGUAUGAUCGAUCAAGUCAUUCAGUAAAGUCUCUUAGCUAGUAUGGAAUUCUAUCUAUUAGCGGGUCGGUGACGGUAGAUUGAUCCUGAGAAAUGAGUUCUUUCCUUUGUGCAUCUUUCUUUCUUUUCCCAUGUCUUUCUUGGUUGGUAAACCCAACUGGCGAUUUACAACAAACAAUCUAUAGUCAAACAUAAGUCCUGCGGGCUUGCUUUUAACCAUACCUGGUUCAGUCUGUAUGGAGGGAAUUUCUUUUGUCUGAAUCAAUCAUGCCUCAACUGGAUCAAUUCACUUAUUUCACACAAUUCUUCUGGUUCUGCCUUUUCCUCUUUACUUUCUAUAUUCCCAUGUGCAAUGAUAGAGAUGGAGUACUUAGGAUCAGCAUAAUUCUAAAACAACGGAACCAACAGGUUUCAAACCAGGGGAACAAAAUCCGGAGCAACGACCCCAACAGUUUGGAAGAUAUCUUGAGAAAAGGUUUUAGCACCGGUGGAUCCUAUAUGUACUCUAGUUUAUUCGAAGUAUCCCAAUGGUGUAACGCCGUCGACUUAAAGGGAAAAAGGAGGAAAAUAACUUAUAUCUCUUGUGUCGGAGAAAUAAGUGGCUCACGAGGAAUGGAAAGAAACAUAUUCUAUUUGAUCUCGAAGUCCUCAUAUGGCGCUUCUUCUUCCAAUCCUGGAUGGAGGAUCACUUGUAGGAAUGACAUAAUGCUAAUCCAUGUUCCACACGGCCAAGGAAGAAUCAAAAAAUAAGAAAGGUUAUCGAGAUUCUCAAUCGCUCUUUUAGUAGAUAGUGGGAAAUGGGGCUCCCAGGCCCCCCAUGCUGCCAGACUUGAAUGAGCCCUUGCUCCCCGAUUUGAACCAACCGCUCGAACCACCAGAGGAACCCUAUCAACCAAUCUUUCCUCUGGUUGGAAGUCUUUCCGGGGAAGACCAACGAGCAGUUGACCGCCUAAUUUCACUAGAAAAUCUCCUUGUCGUAAAGGCGACGCACAUGUUGCGUUCGCUUCAUUAUACGCCCAUCGAUUCUGAUGUUAAGUUUGUGCUAUCGGCUUUUCUAGUUGAUUAUCCAUCUAGUGAUGCCUACCAAAGCCUACUCCCACACUUUCUUCCUAUGGAACCCCCAUCCCCUAUCUUUCUACAAUUCUGAGAGG